AUGAAGGCACAACUAAAGGUUCGAAAAUCAAUGGAAACUAAGGGAGGUCCGGGAGUUAGUGCCGUAUUUUUAAACAUGGGUGAUUUAAUGGAGUCCUCCUUUGUGGAUUUGCAAUACGACGGCUUAAAUCGUUCUUACAACCAAGCUGGUGAUCGACAAGAUUACAAUCCUAUUAGCAGAAUUUGCGAUCAGCCAUUUAG